AUGACCAAUUCUGAGAGCCACUCUGGCAAGAACCAGACCAUCUCUGAUGUCUUCAUCCUGGUGGGGUUUUCCUACCUUGGUGAGCUGCAAAUCCUUCUGUUUCUGGUAUUUCUGGUCACCUACCUACUCGCACUGAUGGGGAACCUGUUCAUUAUCCUCCUGGUAAAGCUCAACCCCUCCCUUCAUACCCCCAUGUAUUUCUUCCUGGUGAACCUGUCUGCCUUGGAAAUCUGCUACACCACUAGUGUGGUCCCUCAGCUGCUGGUUCACCUGCUGGUGGAGGAAAAGACCAUCUCCCUCACAGGCUGCACUGCUCAGAUAUAUAUCUGCACCAUCACUGGCCUCACAAUAUUCUGUCUCCUAGCGGCCAUGGCUUACGACCGGUAUGUGGCCAUAUGUCGCCCCUUGCACUACACAACCAUCAUGAGUGGCCAGGUGUGUGUGCUGCUUGUGGGUGCUUCAUGGGUCAUCGGCAUCUCAGUGGCAGUAGCUCAGACCACAUGGCUCUUGAGCCAGCCCUUGUGUGGUUCCAACCGCAUCCUCCAUUAUUUCUGCUAUAUCCAACCGUUGCAGAAGAAGCUUUGCACAGACACAUGGAAGAACAUGAUCUUUGGCUUGUCCGUGCUGGUGCUGUGCGUUAUGGGCCCUUUUCUACUGAUAGUCCUGUCCUACAUCUGCAUUAUCUCCACCAUCCUCAAGCUGCCAUCAGCAGAGGGGAGGCAUAAAGCCUUCUCCAUCUGCUCCUCCCACCUCACAGUGGUGAUUUUUCUCUAUGGAGCAGCCUUCUUGAGUUACCUGAGACCCAAGUCAAGCUCCACCCCCGAGAGUGAUCAAAUGAUUUCCAUCAUAUACACAAUUGUGACACCUGUGUUCAACCCCAUAAUAUACAGUCUGAGGAACAAAGAGGUGAAGGGAGCCUUUCGAAACACCAUCGGGAAGGCCAUCUCCUCAUGCAGCCAGAGAUAUUAG